ACGCAUGCAAUUUCAGUUGGAUUUUCACUCCCUCCACACACAGUGGCUCAGGACCUUGACCAGUGCUGGUACUAUCCAGCUGGAUGUCGUUGGUCAUAUCCUGAGAGCAGAUCUCCAAAGCUCUAUCUCUGACAUCUCCGACUCUGAACCAUGGGGUUUGCAGACCUGCUAGAGCAGGUGGGCAGCACUGGCCGUUUCCAGGUGGUGCACGUUACCCUGCUUUCCCUGCCCAUACUGAUGAUGGCAAGUCACAAUCUGUUGCAGAACUUUGUAGCAGCCGUGCCCCCACACCACUGUGCUGCCCAUGCCAACUUGUCUGAGCCCACGAUAGGACCAGCUGAGAUCCUGCGGAUUAGUGUGCCCCUGGAUAAGCAGGGCAAGCCGGAGCGCUGCAGACGCUAUGCCCAGCCUCAGUGGCACCUUCUGAUGAGCAAUAUCUCUGCUGAGGUUGAGGAAGACAGUGAAGUUGAGAUGCAGAGAUGUGAGGAUGGUUGGAAGUAUGACACAAGUGAAAUCAGCUCAACCGUCAUUACAGAGUGGGAUCUGGUUUGUGAUUUGCGAUCUCUGAAACAGAUGGGACAAACCAUUUACAUGGGAGGUGUGCUUCUAGGUGCAGUGGUGUUUGGGGGACUGUCUGACAGGUACGGCCGGCGUGUUUUGCUCAUGAUCUCUUACCUACUCAUGGCCGUUUCAGGGACAUGCAUCGCCUUCUCCACCUCCUUUUCUCUCUUUUGUCUGUUCCGCUUCAUCAACGGCAUGGCCCUGUCUGGCAUCAUUCUGAACUCCUUUUCCCUCAUUGUGGAAUGGAUUCCCACUCGCAUACGGACCAUAGUGGGCACAGGUACAAGCUACUGCUACACUAUGGGCCAACUGAUUCUAGCAGGGGUGGCUUACAACAUUCAGGACUGGCGCUGGCUCACUCUGGCUGUCUCGCUGCCGUUCUACAUCUUCUUUCUCUACUCAUGGUGGUUCUUGGAAUCUGCAAGGUGGCUGGUCCUGACCAGAAAGUCUGAGCAGGCUGUGAAAAAUCUCAAAUCUGUGGCACGCUGCAAUAAUCGCCAGUCUGAGGGAGACAAAAUCAAUUUAGAGAUGCUGGAAGAGUCCAUGAAGAAGGAGAUGUCCUGCUCUCAUAACACUUACAGUGUUGUGGAUCUGCUGCGGACUCGAACCAUGAGGACCAUUACCUUGUGUCUCAGUGUAGUCUGGUUUUCCACAAGCUUUGCCUACUAUGGCCUCGCUAUGGAUUUACAGAAAUUUGGUGUAAACAUUUAUUUGAUCCAGGUGAUCUUCGGGGCAGUAGAUAUUCCAGCCAAAGUCGUUAUCACAAUGAUGAUGAGUAAGAUAGGACGGCGACUGUCCCAAAGCCUAUCACUCAUAAUAGCUGGAGUUACUAUGCUCAUCAUGCUGCUGGUACCUAACGAAAUGCAAACAUUGCGUACCUCCCUGGCAGUAGUUGGCAAGGGCUGUCUGGCUGCCUCCUUCAGCUGCUGUUACCUUUACUCAGGAGAGUUAUACCCCACAGUGAUCCGGCAGAAUGGCAUGGGAUGGGUGUCCAUGAUGGCUCGUUUCGGGGCCAUGGUGGCACCCAUGGUGCUCCUGGCAGAAGCAGUUGUAUGGCUUCCAGGUUUAAUCUAUGGUGGGGCUCCUAUAGUGAGUGGCAUUUUUGCCUACUUUCUCCCUGAAACGCUAGCUACUCCACUUCCAGAUACAAUCCAGGAUGCUGAGGAAAGGAGCAAUUUCAGACAGGCAUCCAAGAGGGAGGAGGUUGCCCUAAAAGACACAAGUGGUACACUAUUAAAUAAGUGUGCCUAAAGAACGGCUGCAUUCAAACCAGUCUGCGUUUACGCUAUUCUCAAAUACAUCCAACAUGCAACUCAGAAUGAAGUGACGUAGCAGAUACACUAUACAAGAGAGAAACAGCAUCUGCACAACAGGCUUUGUGUUGUUAAUAUUUUAAAAACUCAUAACUGAGUGCAUCGUGUAUGUUUUCCAGUUCUGUAUCAGUGUGAUGUUGUUACUGUCUGUUUGAUUUCAUUAAAGUAGAAAGUAAAUGUAAGUUGAAAUAAACUUCAUUAAGGUAUAAUGCAGAUGUUAAAGUUAGGAAAUUACCUGCAGCCUUGUGUGUCUUGUAAAUCAGCCUCUGUUUGUUGCCUGUUAAUAAAUGUUACUGAAUAAAUGAA